ACGGCAUUAUGGUCAAAACAUUUCAAGUUUAUCUUGGUGCUUAUGGCAACGAAAAAAGCAGAAGCACAAGUAGUAUGAGUACAAACAGCAGUAGCAGCGAAAGCCAUUCUUGCUGUGACGACCGUACCUACAGUUGUGUACAUUGUAGAGCACACCUAGCCAGACAUCAGGACCUUAUUUCAAAAUCUUUCCAAGGUAGUCAAGGUCGCGCCUACCUCUUCGACACAGUUGUAAAUGUGUCUUGUGGGAAGCCUGAGGAGCGCCUGCUGCUAACAGUUCUAAAGUCUGAUUUGCUUCUACAUUUUUAG